CUGAAAUUUUGUCUUGGGAAAAGAGUUAGGGUUACAGGGGUUACAGGGUGAAUACAUUCAUAAUUUAUUUUGUUUUAUUGAGUAGGAUAGUUGCUGUCGUCUGCAUUUUUCAGUUGUAUGGAUUGAUUUAUCGUUCUUCUCACGUUUCGAAUUUGUGCCAGUGUGGUAGCACCUUCAAAAGCUGGCUCGGUCGUGUACGUGUAAGAUUCGAGAAGGUUAUGACAGGUGCCAGUUCGUAAUGCAUUUUUAGUGUGAUAUCUGAAGCAUUUGAUAAAAAUGGAUUCUGGAAAGCGUGAUGGUUCAGACGAGGUCAAGUCGACGUCGCCGCCCUCGGGUGGGCCGGUGGGGGCCGAGCUACCGCCCCACGGCCCCCCGCACGGACCUCCGCACGGACCGCCGCCCCCGGUGCCCAUCAACAAGCUGUCCAGCACCUCGCCGCACGUCAAGAAGGACAAUCGACGCAACUCCUCCCGGUUCAACGCGUCCAAGAACGUGGAGCUCGUCAAGCUGCCCCCGAUCAAAGAGGCACCUACCAAUGAACAAGAAGAGCUCUUUGUUAAAAAGAUUCGGCAAUGCUGUGUGCUGUUUGAUUUUGCAUCAGAGCCAUUAUCAGAUCUAAAAUGCAAAGAAGUUAAAAGAGCUGCUCUUGGUGAGAUGGUUGAGUAUGUCACUUCUCAGAAGGGUGUCAUUACAGAGCCCAUCUAUCCAGAGGUGGUUAAUAUGUUUGCUGUGAAUCUUUUUCGCACACUGCCACCAUCUCAAAAUCCUAGUGGGGCAGAAUUUGAUCCUGAAGAAGAUGAACCAACUCUGGAAGCUGCCUGGCCACAUCUUCAAUAUGUUUAUGAAUUCUUCCUCAGGUUUUUGGAAUCAUCUGAUUUCCAACCUCAACUGGCCAAGCCAUACAUUGAUCAGAAGUUUGUCUUGCAAUUAUUGGAAUUGUUUGACUCUGAAGAUCCACGUGAGAGAGAUUUCUUGAAGACUACCCUCCAUAGAAUAUAUGGAAAGUUUUUGGGACUACGAGCAUACAUUCGCAAACAAAUUAACAACAUAUUUUACCGAUUCAUCUAUGAAACUGAACGUCAUAAUGGCAUAGGGGAACUGCUUGAAAUUCUUGGAAGGGAUUUGCACUCCCUCUGAAAGAAGAACACAAAGUUUUCUUACUGAAAGUCCUUUUGCCCCUGCACAAGGCAAAACAAUUGUCUGCUUAUCAUGCCCAGUUGGCUUACUGCAUAGUUCAAUUUUUAGAGAAAGAUGCAAGCCUGACGGAACCAGUCAUCAAAUCUCUCCUUAAAUUUUGGCCCAAGACACAUGCUCCUAAAGAGGUUAUGUUUUUAAACGAGCUGGAGGAAAUUUUGGAUGUGAUUGAACCUGUUGAGUUUCAAACAAUCAUGGAUCCAUUGUUUAGACAGCUGGCUAAGUGUGUUUCAAGCCCUCAUUUUCAGGUUGCUGAACGAGCCCUUUACUAUUGGAACAAUGAGUAUAUCAUGUCUCUUGUUAGUGACAAUGCAGCAGAAAUUCUCCCAAUAAUGUUUCCAGCCUUGUACCGUAAUUCCAAGUCUCACUGGAACAAAACCAUUCAUGGGCUUAUUUAUAAUGCCUUGAAGUUAUUUAUGGAAAUGAAUCAGAAGUUAGUUGAUGAAUGCACUCAGCAGUAUAAGCAGGAGCGUCAGAGGGAGAAAGAACGACUGAAAGUAAGAGAAGAUGCAUGGUUAAAAGUUGAGUCACAAGCAAAACGAAAUCAAGUUUACAUAAGAGGUUAUGCUCCUGCAUUAUCAAGUAAUGUCAAUAGUAUUGGUGGAGACAUGAUAUCACCAGGUGCAGAUGGUGACAAUGAUAUUGAUUUAAGUUAUGCAAAGGUGGAUGCAGAAGCAAGAGAAAUAACAAAUAAACCUCGCCAAGUGAAACCCCUUCUGCGACGAAAAUCCGAACUGCCACAUGACUCAUAUACUGUUCGUGCCCUCAAUGAUCACAAGAGAGCGGAUGAGUACCUUCCAACUCCACCAGAUGUUAACAAGUGUUAGUAGAGCAGUUAAGAAGCCUACCCUGUAGCGUCAUGUUUUUAAGCUCCUGUUUGUUAAUGUAAUGUACUGCCUUUUCCCCUGCGACUGUAGUAGUAAUGUUUCUGAAUCGUUAUAAAGUCCUGUUAUAUCAAGUACAGGUAUUGUUUGUUUACUCCCUAGUUAAGAAAGAGUAGUAUCGUGUUAACAGUUAUUUUGAUGUCUGCAAACAUCAUUAAUUCUGUCUACCACACUGGUGAGACAUUGUCUUUUGAAAAUAUAGUUGGUGGAGUUGUCGGAAAAGUAAGGUGGGUUUGCACCUCAUUACUAUGCUGGUGAAGAUUGUGAGUUUGCUGAGGGUAGGGCUUGGACAUGCCUUCUGUAAUGUGCCAUCCCAAAAACCUCUUGUGCUGUUGCAGGCAACAUGCACAUUGUCAUGAGGCUGAACCUUAUGAUGCAUGUAGAUCUUUGUUGUUCUUGUGUGUAAUAGCACAUCUUUCAAAAUGCAUCCUCAUCAUGUGUGCAUCUCAUUUUAUUUGAUAUUUGUCCCUACUCUAAUUUUUUUAAAAGUGUGCAGUAAUUUUAAUGGAAGUCUUUCUUGUACUUAUGUCCAGUGUGCCUACUUAAAAAUCUUAUUCUAAGACUUAUGAAGCCAUCAAAUUGAUAGAACUUAGCCAUUAUGUAAAUAUCUUAUUGAUUACAUGAUGUUGAAUUUCAUCUUGCUAAUCCUACAAAGAAAAGGAAAGAAAUGAGUUCUUAACUGUGUCUGUUUGUUUUGUUUUAUUCGCAAUCCAAUGUUUAAAAUUUUAAAGCUAGUAGACACACUGGACAUUUCCUAUAAGAAGGCCUACCCAGUUUGUAGAAACAGCGAUAUGUCCGUACUAGUCCUCACAGCAGUUUAUGUUUUACAACAUGUAUUAUGUAUAUUUUUGCUAUUGCAAUAUAUAUAAGUUGAAUUGCUUUGAAGUUAAUGUUUUGAAUUGAAGACAAUACAAUCUAUAGGGUGGAAAGGCAUCUUAUCCACCCAAUGACUUCAGUAAUAUUAUAUCAAAUAUAGUUUUUCUAAAAACUGCAAAAAAUAGUUUCAGUAACAUUAGUUUCAGUAACAACAAAUUUUUCGGUAGAAGUAAGUGAAAAUUAAAUUUUAUUUUCAUUGGGUUGAAGAGAUUUAUGAAAUGUUGGAUACCUCAAGCCAUUUCCAAAGAGGCUGUGCCAAAUGGAUCUACUUAUGCCACUUGUGAACUGGGAAACCAGAAAGUAUGCACCAACCCUCCUGCCAUAUCUGGGAAGUCCUAGUAAAAGUGUGGUCUGUUUCCCUGCAUGGUUCUGAUCAUGUAGGAUCCACUUGGAUGAUUGUAUUCUACCAUUAUGUUCGUUUUGCAUUUUGUGCUGACAUUCUGUUUUGCAUGAGAUCUGUAUAGUACAUUCCUUUCAUAGAUUUUGUACGGAGUUGUUGAAUGAACAGUGAUGUUGAUGCUUUUCUUUCUACUGUAGUGUGUGUUAAAAGCUCAAUUUUCUUGCAUGUAAAUGUUUUGGUUUUACAAUGCAAAAAUCUUUCCCAAAGAUGUGCUACCCACUGUGCACAACAUACUGUCUUAGAGUAGCAAGCAGCACUGAUUUUCAUAGCUGUAAUGGGCCUGCUUAUUGUAAAAUAAUCAAUUAAAUGUGAUACCUAUUCAUGUCUGCUGUGAAACUUUGUUUAAUACAUGUACUUGAUGCUCUUGUGUAUGCAUUUGGAUGGGAGGUGCUGGGUGCGCGCAUGCAUGCUUGGUUGGGGUGUGAGCAAACUUAAAGUUGCCCACCAUGGGAUAAUUGUUGUGAAUUAUGUUUCCUUAGUUUUAUAGUUAGACUUUCGCAGAAGUCUUUGUUUUAUUGUGUGUUUGAUUGUUGCUCCGUGCAGGAAUGAAACAUUUUGGUAAAACAUUGAAACUAGUUUUCUUGAAAACAGCCAAUAUUGUAACACCUUUGUUGGCUAAAUUUAUGUGAAAUUUAAAUCUACACGCAUUCCUCUCCUCUGGAGCUGCAUCGGGGCCAUAUGAUGUACAUGUGGUGACACUGUUGAAUCAUUCUCUUUUUAUUAUUUUUUGUCUUUAUGUACAAAGUAGUGAGUAUUAGCUAUGAAGUUGUUGCUUCAGAGAUGAUUCUUUGAGCUAUUUAUUAGGAACUAAUGUUCUACUGUUCAAAUAUUCCAUCUCUGUACAAAGAAAACAAUCUCUCUGCCUUAAAAAUUCAGGCAGAGGCUCAAGCCUCUUCUUACUUGAUUUCUAUUUUUUUAUUUACAAAAAAAAUAAAAUCUGGAAGUAUACCAAUGUAUUUUUGUAGCUAGGUAUUACUAUAAAUUUGGACAGAUGGUGUGAUUCUCUCUUGGGUCAUGUUUGGUGCUUUCCAUCCUCACCAGCCACCCACCCUUAAUGCAUACGUAAUGUGAUCACACAAAUUAAAAAUGAAAUAUCUAUGGGGGACAGGGGAUAAAUUGUUUUCAUUUUCACUAUUUUAUUUUUAUUCUGUCAGAGUAAUAUGUUGUAUGUUGGCAAUAUCUGUUGUGUACAGUCUAAAACUCAGCAUGCUGUGUUGUGUAUAUUUGGCCUUUGAUGGUUUUUGUUCUAUUUUACUUCAUGUUGAAAGGACUUUUAACUUGCGUAAGUUAAAUUAUGAUAGUGGUUAGGUUAAGUAAUUAUAUGAAAGUAGAAUUUGAAAUUUUACUGUGUAAAUGUACUAAAAUUUAUCAUGUACAUAAAGCUAACCAUAUUAUAAACAUGAUAACUAUUUUGGUGUAAUGUGUUAUUGUGGUGUCUCUUCUCCUUGUUUCCUUUGUAAUUGCCAGGACUUUGGCAAGAGGCCAUCUCAAUUUCAUGUAAAUGGUUAACCUUCAUGCAUGUAUACAAAAGGAGAUCAGUCACAAUCACCAGUCAAAUCUGUGGAACAAAUAAUUUAAUAAAUGCAAUGAAAUCAA